AUGGUCGGUCUACCCGUCAGCACUCGCGAUCGCUUUCGUCACCAACACGUCCCGCUGGUCACGCCUUCGGACGAGGACAUAGUCCAGCAGGUGCCACUGACGCGACCGAGAAUGCCUCCAGGUGGCCUUCUUACGCUCCGGCAGACAGAAGAGCGUGUUCGUCAGGAUGAGGCGGUGUUCUGCGCAGGUGCGGAAGAGCAGCAGGCCGUUGUCGUUGGAGCCGCAGAGACCGUGGGGAUCCAGCACUCCUCUCCAGGCAGUAUGGUCUGUGCCGACGCGGGCGUUGAAGUCACCAAGGACAAUCAACUUGUCCGCCUUCGACACAUUCGCCAAGACGGCGUGCAGGUCCUCGUAGAAUUUGUCUCUUGCGUCGGCGUCAGGGCGGCUCAUCAGCAAGCGUAGGCGCUGAUGAUGGUGCCGAAUUUGCCCCCACCCCGGAGAGGCAGGCGGAGGCCCAUCAGGCGAUCGUUGAUGCCCUGCGGCAAACAUGGCAGUCGUCCCACGAUGUCGUUCCGGAUGGCGAAGGCGACACCCACGUCUUGUCGCUCUGCCCUGGGUCGACCACUCCAGAAGAAGGUGUAGCCGGCACCCACCUCCUCCAGUUGACCUUGUUCGGAGAAUCGGGUCUCGCUGAGUGCAGCGAUGUCCACCUUGUAGCGCGCCAGUUCUCAUGCCACUAG